ACGCACUCGGCUCUCGUCCAAGUCUUCCAUCUGAGUCUUCUCUUGCUUAGAAUGCCCAUGCCCCAGAAGCUUGGGUCUCUACUCGCUGAUCCAUUACCUGCUUCUUGUACUGUCAAUGGUGGAUCUACUUGAACCUCUAUAGUCGCGAAAUAUCCGAACCCGGUUCGAUUCUUUGGCGUCCCUUAAAAAAUGGGGACUCGUUCGAGAUCUGCGUUGUGGGUUCUGAUCAUCCUGGUUAGCCUUUUGGGACUCUGCGGUAUAGGUUCGGUUUGUGCAGAAAAUCGAAGACCCAAGAACGUGCAGGUAGCCGUUCGGGCCAAAUGGUCCGGCACGCCGCUGCUUUUAGAAGCUGGUGAACUAUUUUCUAUGGAACGGAAGGACCUUUUUUGGGACUUCAUUAAGGUCUGGCUUCAUACUGAGGAUGCCUUCGAUUCUCAUACAGCUAAAGGCUGCCUGAAGAAAAUAUUAGAACAUGCACGCUUUCUUUUAAGUGAGCCAUUGGCGUCGUUGUUUGAGUUAUCUCUUAUGAUGAGAUCAGCAUCUCCCAGAUUGGUGCUUUAUCGACAACUAGCAAAGGAGUCUCUUUCUUCUUUUCCUUUGGCUGAUGAGGGUAUCUCAAACAAUGUCAGCGGGGAAACUAUACACACAAAUGCAGAACUGCAGAUAAAAAAACCCGAUCCAUUGCUUGUUGGGGUAAAUCCAAAGAGUCCUGGUGGAGAAUGUUGCUGGGUGGAUACUGGUGGGUCACUGUUCUUUGAUGUUGCAGAAUUGCUAUUAUGGCUUCGCAAUCCUCCUGAAAUUUCUGGAGAUUCAUUUCAGCAGCCAGAACUAUUUGACUUUGAUCACAUCCAUUUUGAUUCAAGUGUUCAAAGCCCGGUUGCUGUCCUUUAUGGAGCUCUUGGAACUGAUUGCUUUAGGAAGUUUCAUGUCUCAUUAGUUGAAGCUGCCAAAGAGGGAAAAGUUAAGUAUGUUGUUAGACCCGUAUUACCUUCUGGCUGUGAAGCAAAGAUUGGCCGUUGUGGUGCUGUUGGCACAAGAGAUUCAUUGAACUUGGGCGGUUAUGGUGUAGAACUUGCUUUGAAGAACAUGGAAUAUAAGGCCAUGGAUGACAGUACGAUAAAGAAAGGUGUCACUCUGGAGGAUCCUCGGACUGAAGAUCUCAGCCAAGAUGUUAGAGGGUUCAUAUUUUCUAAAAUUCUGGAACGGAAACCUGAGCUGACAAAUGAGAUAAUGGCUUUCAGGGAUUACCUAUUGUCAUCAACAAUAUCUGAUACUCUUGAUGUUUGGGAACUAAAGGAUUUGGGACAUCAAACUGCCCAGAGAGUAGUUCAUGCUUCUGAUCCUCUACAGUCAAUGCAAGAAAUUAGUCAAAAUUUUCCAAGCAUAGUUUCUUCCUUAUCUCGCAUGAAGCUCAAUGAUUCUGUUAAGGAUGAAAUAAUUGCAAACCAGCGAAUGAUCCCACCUGGCAAGUCCUUAAUGGCUCUCAAUGGUGCCCUAGUCAAUAUUGAAGAAAUUGACCUGUAUCUGUUGGUUGACUUGGUCCAUCAGGAUUUACUGUUGGCUGAUCAAUAUUCAAAGUUGAAGAUUCCUCAUGCCACUAUUCGGAAACUCCUGUCAACUUUGUCUCCUUCAGAAUCCAAUAUGUUCCGCAUUGAUUUUCGUUCAACUUCUGUUCAUUAUCUCAAUAAUUUGGAGGAAGAUGCUAUGUAUAUGCGAUGGCGGAGCAAUUUAAAUGAGAUAUUGAUGCCGGUAUUCCCUGGACAAUUGCGCUAUAUUCGUAAGAACCUUUUCCAUGCAGUUUUUGUUCUUGAUCCAGCUACCAUUUGUGGCCUUGAGUCCAUUGAGAUGAUUAUGUCUCUGUAUGAGAAUAAUUUUCCUGUGAGAUUUGGGGUUUUAUUGUACUCUUCAAAGUUUGUCAAGCAGAUAGAAAUGAACAGUGGUCAGAUUUCUUCCUCUGCCAAGGAGGAUGACAGUCAAAAUAAGGAGGAUAUAUCCAGUUUGAUUAUACGUCUCUUCAUUUAUAUCAAGGAGAACCAUGGAAUUAAAACAUCUUUCCAAUUUUUGGGCAAUAUAAAUAAACUACGGAUUGAGGCAGAUGAUUCUGGAGAUGAUGCACCUGAAAUGCACCAUGUUGAAGGAGCAUUUGUAGAAACAGUCUUACCAAAGGCAAAAUCUCCACCUCAAGAUAUACUCCUCAGGCUGGAGAAGGAGAGAACUUUUAAAAAUGUGUCAGAGGAGAGCUCCAUGUUUGUGUUUAAGCUGGGUCUUGCCAAGCUGCAGUGCCGCCUCUUGAUGAAUGGACUUGUCUUUGAUUCUAAUGAGGAGGCUCUUUUAAAUGCCAUGAAUGAUGAGCUUCCCAGAAUACAAGAACAAGUUUACUAUGGGCAUAUAAAUUCUCACACUGAUGUGCUGGACAAAUUCCUAUCAGAAAAUGGUAUUAGUCGCUAUAAUCCACAGAUCAUUGCUAACGGCAAACCAAGAUUCAUAUCCUUGUCUACAUCUAUUCUUGGAGGAGAAUCUGUGCUGAAUGAUAUUAACUACUUGCACUCUCCUGGAACUAUUGAUGAUUUGAAGCCCGUGACUCAUCUUCUUGCUGUUGACGUUUCAUCAAAGAAAGGAAUGAAGUUUCUACGUGAAGGCCUUCACUACCUGAUAGAAGGUUCUAGUCGUGCUCGACUAGGUGUGCUGUUUAGUGUCAAUUUGGAUGCUCGUUUAUCUAGUCUCCUCUUUGUGAAGGUGUUUGAAAUCACUGCAUCAUCAUUUAGUCAUAAGAAGAACGCAUUAUACUUUUUGGAAAAGCUUUGCUCAUUCUACGAGCAAAGGUACUUUGCAUCUUCUGGAGCAGAUGACAACACUAAAGCAUUUUUGGAUGAGGUGUAUGAGCUUGCUGAGGUUAAUGGGUUACCAUCCAAGGCCUUCAGAUCUGCUCUUCCUGAAUUUUCUGUCAACCAACUAAGGAAACAUGCAAAUAAGGUUUCACAAUUUUUGCAAAGACAUGAAUUUGGUGCUAAUGCAGUCAUUACUAAUGGAAGGGUGAUGUCUCCCAUUGAUGAAAACAACUUUUUGAGCCAUGAUCUACAUCUUCUAGAGUCUGUGGAGCUUAAGCAGAGAAUAAAGCACAUUGUCGAAAUUAUUGAAGAAGUGAAUUGGCAGGACAUAGGUCCUGACAUUGUAACUAGUAAAUUCAUUAGUGAUGUUAUCUCGAUCGUGUCAUCAUCAAUGGCUCUGAGGGAUCGAAGUUCUGAAAGUGCACGUUUUGAGGUUUUAAAUGCACAAUACAGUGCCAUUGUUUUUAGUAAUGAAAAGGCUACAAUUCAUAUUGAUGCGGUUAUUGAUCCUUUGAGUCCAUCCGGCCAGAAGCUCUCUUCAGUUCUUCGGGCUCUGCAGAAAUACGUUCAGCCUAGCAUGAGAAUUGUGCUAAAUCCAUUGAGUUCCCUUGUUGAUCUUCCUCUCAAGAAUUACUACAGAUAUGUAGUACCCACUAUGGAUGAUUUCAGCAGUACUGACUAUACGAUAAAUGGCCCUCAAGCAUUUUUUGCUAACAUGCCAUUAUCCAAAACCCUCACCAUGAAUCUUGAUGUUCCUGAGCCUUGGCUUGUUGAACCCGUAAUUGCUGUCCAUGACCUGGAUAAUAUUUUGCUUGAGAACCUUGGUGACACAAGGACAUUGCAAGCGGUGUUUGAUCUUGAAGCUUUUGUCCUUACUGGUCAUUGUUCUGAGAAAGAUCGCGAUCCACCCCGAGGCCUUCAGCUGAUUCUUGGAACUAAGAGUACACCCCACUUGGUUGAUACUAUUGUGAUGGCUAAUCUGGGUUAUUGGCAAAUGAAAGUCUCUCCUGGGGUGUGGUACUUGCAACUUGCAUCAGGACGAAGCUCCGAGCUUUAUGUUUUGAGGGAAGAUGGUGAUGGAAGUCAGGAAAAGCCACUGUCAAAACAUAUUACUAUCAAUGAUUUGAGGGGCAAGGUGGUUCGAUUGGAAGUACUGAAGAAAAAGGGAAAGGAGAAUGAAAUAUUGUUGGUUUCUGAUGAUAAUGACGAUGCACUAGACAGGAAAGGAAAUGGCUGGAACUCCAAUUUAUUGAAAUGGGCUUCUGGCUUUAUUGGUGGCAGUGAACUAGCAAAAAAGAGUGAAAGCACCUCAGUGGAGAAAGGAAAGGGUGGGCGUCGUGGGAAAACAAUUAACAUUUUUUCUAUCGCUUCUGGACACCUGUAUGAACGUUUUCUGAAAAUAAUGAUUCUGAGUGUCCUAAAGAACACACGUCGCCCAGUUAAAUUCUGGUUCAUAAAGAACUAUCUCUCUCCUCAGUUUAAGGGCGUGAUUCCGCAUAUGGCACAAGAGUAUGGUUUCGAUUAUGAGCUAAUCACCUACAAAUGGCCCACAUGGUUGCAUAAGCAGAAAGAGAAGCAGCGAAUUAUUUGGGCCUAUAAAAUCUUAUUCCUUGAUGUUAUAUUUCCCAUUUCGUUGGAAAAGGUGAUUUUUGUUGAUGCAGAUCAGAUUGUCAGAGCAGACAUGGGAGAACUCUAUGACAUGGAUAUAAAAGGAAGACCUCUUGCAUAUACUCCUUUUUGUGACAACAACAAGGAUAUGGAUGGAUAUCGAUUCUGGAGACAAGGUUUCUGGAAAGAUCAUUUACGAGGAAGACCGUACCAUAUCAGUGCUUUAUACGUUGUUGAUCUGAAGAAAUUUCGAGAGACUGCAGCUGGAGAUAAUCUAAGAGUUUUCUAUGAAAGUCUUAGCAAGGACCCAAACAGUCUAUCCAAUCUGGAUCAGGAUCUUCCAAACUAUGCUCAGCAUACAGUACCCAUUUUUUCGCUACCUCAAGAAUGGCUGUGGUGUGAGUCAUGGUGUGGUAAUGCCACAAAAUCCAAAGCAAAAACCAUCGAUCUAUGCAACAAUCCCAUGACAAAGGAACCCAAGCUUCAGGGUGCUAGAAGAAUAGUUUCUGAGUGGCCAGAUCUUGACUUUGAGGCAAGACAUUUCACUGCUAAAAUCUUAGGUGAUGAAGUGGAUCUCCAAGAGCCAUCUUCUAAUGAAUCACAGAGUUCAACAAGGGACAAGUCAUUGGAGGAAGACCUAGAAUCAAAGUCCGAGUUGUGAGUAACAUACACACCAUUUCAGUUCAAAGUUCAUAGAAGCUUUUGAAGAGAUCUGAGUAUCUGAGGUGAAGAUGUCUAGUAUGCUAGGACGCUUGAGAGACCUUCAUCCCGACCUCCUGAUUUUUCUUCUUCCUCCCAUGACUUCUGCAGCCGAGGAACAAGAACAAAAAGUUGCACAGUUUUACCACCCGAUUUACUUGAGCUCGUGAUAGUGGUUCUUUUCACCAGUAAGUUAUAUGCUAAAAGAAGAUGUUUUCCCCUUGGCUGAUUCUUUUGCUUCUUUCUUUGGCAACUUUUUAGAAACCAAUAGAUCAGAAGAUGAACUCAAAGUCAUGAAUUUUGUACAAGUAGUUUUAAUGCUAUAAUCCAUCCUCGAGUUUAUUAUAAACGAGGUGCUCUAAAAGCUUUGAAAGAAACUUUCUUGAGGUAGUUUAUCUGGAGACACUUAAAAGAGGAAUUAAUUCGAGUGUGUUUCAUCUGAUUUCAGAUGGUUUUGAUUCUU